GACGCUAUCAUUUUCACUAUCGCAUCUUUUUUCUUCUUCUUCUUCUUCUUUCUUCAGGAAGCAAUCGUAGAGAAUCCAAUUACUCAAAUUGGUAAACUUCGGAAAGCGCAAGCCGAGUUGUACGAUCAAUGGCGUCUAAGGUUAUUUCUUCGACAAUCCGGCGAGCCCUAAGCAAGCCACACGGCGCUGUUUCCCGGCGUCACCACUUAUCGACCGUCGCUGCUGCUGCUGCUGCUGAUACUUCCACCGCCUACGAGGAUGAAUCGAUUUUGAUGAAAGGAGUUCGAAUUUCAGGUAGGCCUCUUUACCUAGAUAUGCAAGCGACGACUCCGAUUGAUCCUAGGGUCUUCGAUGCGAUGAAUGAUUCUGGUAUCAAUGAGUACGGGAAUCCUCACUCGCGAACGCAUCUGUACGGUUGGGAAGCUGAGAACGCCGUCGAAGUCGCACGAAUCCAGGUCGCGAAACUGAUCGGAGCUUCACCCAAGGAGAUCAUUUUCAUGUCCGGCGCAACGGAGGCGAACAACACCGCGGUUAAAGGAGUGAUGCACUUCUACAGGGACACGAAGAAACACGUUAUAACUACGCAGACUGAGCACAAGUGUGUCCUUGAUUCUUGUAGGCAUUUGCAGCAAGAAGGUUUUGAGGUAACUUACUUACCUGUGAAAACUGAUGGAUUAGUCGAUUUAGAGAUGUUGAGAGAAGCUAUUAGGCCAGACACAGGGCUUGUUUCUAUUAUGGCUGUGAACAAUGAGAUUGGUGUAAUUCAGCCUAUGGAAGAGAUUGGUAUGAUUUGCAAAGAGCAUAAUGUUCCGUUUCAUACUGAUGCUGCUCAAGCUAUUGGUAAGAUACCUGUUGAUGUUAAGAAGUGGAAUAUUGCUUUGAUGUCAAUGAGUGGUCACAAGAUCUAUGGACCAAAAGGGGUUGGUGCUCUGUUUGUGCGAAGGAGGCCGAGAAUCAGGCUUGAGCCACUCAUGAAUGGUGGAGGUCAGGAGAGGGGAUUGCGUAGUGGCACUGCGUCUACGCAACAAAUCCUUGGGUUUGGGGCUGCUUGUGAAUUGGCGAUGAGGGAGAUGGAGUAUGAUGAGAAGUGGAUUAAGGGGUUGCAGGAGAGGCUGCUUAAUGGGGUUAGAGAGAAGCUUGAUGGUGUUGUGGUGAAUGGUUCAAUGGAGAGUCGAUAUUCAGGGAAUCUGAAUUUGUCUUUUGCUUAUGUUGAAGGAGAGAGUCUGUUGAUGGGGUUGAAGGAAGUUGCAGUGUCCAGUGGAAGUGCUUGUACUAGUGCGAGUUUGGAGCCUUCAUAUGUGUUAAGAGCUUUGGGUGUAGAUGAGGACAUGGCUCACACUUCGAUUCGGUUUGGGAUUGGUAGGUUUACCACAAAGGAAGAGAUCGAUAAAGCGGUCGAACUUACGGUUAGACAGGUUGUGAAGUUGAGGGAAAUGAGCCCGCUUUAUGAAAUGGUUAAAGAAGGAAUCGAUAUCAAGAACAUUCAAUGGUCUCAACACUGAUUCCAACAGUUCCACUCAAACCAUGCGGGGAAACUCGGGUCUGUGCGCAGCUGCGUGCUGAGAUGUGAGUAUGAACGAUGAUCUGAUCCUGAGUUCUUACUAUGUUAUAUUGGUAAGUUAUCUAUAUUACUUUCGAGAGAGAGAUUCCAAGUGAUAGUUUCUUGUGUGGUUUUGUAAUAAAGCAGAGCAGGAACACAACUUAUAUUUUCUGGAUUGUGAUCCUUUUGUUGAUGUUUAAAUUCUAGGUGGUUUAAACCUUUAUAGCUUAUUAGCUUAUUUUGUUUGACAAUAGACGUUUAAAAAUUCAAGUUUUGUUUUGAAGUUUCUCUCGUUCAAA